GAGAUGGUUCGCCUCGUCUUUUCCCUCCUCCUCCUCCCUCUCCUCCCCCACCUCCAGAGGACAGAUGGUACAUUCCUCCGGUACAGCAGCCAGACUUGAGAUCCAUUCUCUAGCCAAGAGCUGCUGGCAACCCAGCGUAUGCUUACAAGAGAUCACCCCAGGCUGGGCAGCAGCGAUUCCGGAGCCUGGCACCAGGGCCCCCCCAUCUCAUUCUAGGGUGGCAUGACACUUUUUGGCAGCAGAGAAGGGUGCUGGAGAUAUCUAGAUAUGGCCCGAGAACCUAAGCUGAGCCAUACCAGACCUGGUCAGAAGAGGCAGCAUGGCGGAGGCCUGUACCACAGCAGCGAUCUGGAGUAUGAGGUCUACAAAGAGGAUUUCCCAUACAGAGUCUAUGAAUACCAGAAGAUCCCUCCUCUUAUCAGUCACAUCCCUGUCAAGACCAAGCGAAGCCACCUAGGGGCUGGGGGCAAGGGCCCUCACACAGGGUUGAAAAGCAGCGGCAACUCCAUGGCAGGCCGUACAAAGUUGCGAGCAGAGGAGCUACAUUCCAUCAAAGGGGAACUAAGCCAGAUCAAAGCCCAGGUGGACAGUUUACUGGACAGCCUGGACCGGAUGGAUCAAAGGCGGGAACAUCCAACAGGCUCCAAGGACGGGAAGAAGAAAAACCUCUCUGGUGGGGAGUCCUCGUACGCAGCAGGGGAUACACCCCGGAAGAAGGAGAGUGCAGCGAAUGAUGGACACACCGCUACGCAGGAGCUCGACAGUGCCGAUGAGAGCACAGACACUGAGGAGGCGGCGAGGAAUCACACGCUGGACCCCGAGAGCAGCCAGUAGGCACCCCGAAGCACCGUCAUCCCUUACCCAGCAUCCCCUUUCCUGUGUUUUGUAUUUCUUUCAAUGCCUCCAAGCUAGUGGUGCGCCAGGUCAGUCAGUUACGUCAACACUCAGUGCUGGUGCAGAGAAAAGAGCAAGGGUUGCGGCCCAGCCUCACCAGCACCCUUCUCUGCUCUGGAAGAGAGACAGGGAGAGAGAGAGAGAGAGAGACUCAUAGGACGUUAAGAAGGAGAGGAAGCAAUGUGUUCUUUGUUGUGAAAACUUAAAUAUGCUCACCUGGGAAGAGGGUGGGGAAAGCAGGCGAUGGGACUGUGCAACCAAACCAGCCCACCAUUAAACAGAAAUAAAAGCAGUUGCAGUCUUCUAUGGCUAUGAUGUAUUGU